AAAUGUCAUCUUUGUUUCUGUGUACCACAGGGUGAAGUAUUCAGCCUCGUGUUGGAGGAAGAGCGAGGUGUAACUAUUGCCGAAGACAGCAACGACAUUUACAUCCUCUCAGGAGACCAGGAUCACGACCAGAUCAGCCCUCCCUCGUCACUGCUGUGCACCGGAGACAACAGCAGCGAGCAGAGCUCCUGGCAGACAGAAAGCUUACCUGCGUCUCUGGCUGGCCACGAGUCGUGGGCACAGGUUGGUGCAAUGGACCCUGAAGACAUCAAGAGCCUGGACAGCAACGAGGGUGUUGCUCUGGUCGAGGAGCGUAGUGAAAACAGCUCCUCAAACUCGGACAUCGUCCAUGUGGAGCGCGAGGAAGCCGAGCUGUUGGAGGAAGGCAGUGAAGGCGGAGUGAUAGAAGAAAGCAUGAUGAGUGUUUUAGGCACUGACAGUGAGCUAGCUGAGCUCAGGGAGGAAUUAAGAGUCCAGACCGCACCUGCACCAGUGACAGCUGAGGCAGACCCCACACCUCCAGCUUCCCUGAUUUCAUUAGAAGAGCCAGUUGUGAUAGAGACACCUGCAAGCUUGUCUGCAGAACCUUCAUUCAUUUCCUCAGAACCAGAGCUGCUUCCCUCUGCCUCUGAACCUGCUGAAGCCCUUCCCACUGAAGCUGAACCUGCAGUACCUUUGUCUGUUCCUGCAGUGGAACCAGAGCCUGAGCCAGAACCAGCUGCUGUCACUGCCCCAGUGACUGAUCCAGUGCCUGCUGAAAUGGCAGGCCCAUCUCCAGCCAAGGAAAUCCCGACAACACCAGCAGAGCCUGAUUAUACAUUAGAACUAGCGUCCGAACCAGAGCUGAACCCAGAGUCCAUCACUGUGUUUCACCAGCCAAAGGAAUCGCAGCCAGAACCAGAGACUGUGGCAGAGCUAGACGAUACGGUCGCUGCACCUCCAGUCCCAGAGGCUGUGGAGGCCCCUGUCAAAGCACCUGCUGAGGAGGCCCCAGUGCAGCCAGAGCCAGAAUCAGAGCUCCCAGUGUUGCUUUAUGGAGGGGCUGCUCUGGCAGUCCUUGCAGCUGUUAUAGCCUUCGUUCUCAUACGCUUUCAGAGGAAAUAGCGUGAAAAAGUGUUAUCCUCAGCGGCAGAGAGUACAGAAUGCUAAGGUAGAAUAAAUGUAUUUGCAUACAUACGGUGAGACUCUCCUUAAAAGUAGUUUUUAAAAAUCUUCUGGGUGUAAAAUGUGUGAAAGUGUCCCCCAGCAAACCAGAAUGUCUUGUCAUCCACAACCUUAGUGCUGGGAGUCCCUCGCUGCUUCUUUCAAACAGGUGCAAACAUAGAAAUGUGAAAACGGUGCACUCUUAUCACACUUUUAUCCCUCUUCUGUUAGAUUCAGCUUCUGUUGUGUCUCUUGGUUUGCUAUUUGCAUUGUUUCUUUCAUUGGAGCCAGCGACGCUGGAUUGAAAAUUGACAGUGCUCUCACAGGAAACAUAAACCUCAAGUAUAAGUUGUGAUGUUGUGCGACAUACGGUUUUCUUGCUCUUC